CAGAGAGGUUGGGGGUUCAGUCGGAGAGUGGGGAGUUUUGGGGUAUCCUGGAUUGGGUCAUCCUCUUUAAGGAUAUAAGCUUUAUUCUUGAUUGCAAACUCAGCAAAUAUGCCAGUCAUGAGCAGACCUGGGUUUGUGAUGAAAACAGAAAGAGACCCCUCUCCAACAGAGGGGAGUUGGAGCUGGGAAAAGAGAAAGAGUGAUCUGGAGAUCCUGGGCUUGGAAACAGAUGUUCUUCGCUCAGAUCCAGAGGACAAUGAGCAGGAUAUCCAGAACCUGGAAACGAAACAGAGCAAGCUGGAUAGUCUCCACUCCGAUCAGGAGAACAGUGAUACGGAUAACCAGGAAUGGGAUGAUAAGGAGUGGGGCUCCGAGGAUCAUGAGGCUGGGAAGAUUGAGGAGGGAUCAACGCAUGUGGUAGAGGACAGGACACAGACAGAUGGACAGGUGAUUGACGGAAAGGCAUGCAAUUUAGAAUCUGAGAAAGAAGAGCAUUCACAAAAAAACAUAGAUAGCUAUGAGUCUUCAGAAGAAGAAUCAUCUUGUUCCAGGUUCAACUUGAAGCUCCACUUGUCUUCUAAUUCAAAUGAUCUUUCCUUGAAGUCACAGAAAAGUUUGGGGUCAUAUCCCUCACUCCAAGAAUUCCAGAGAGCAUCUGCCGUUCGAAUAAACAUAUCUGAGACAUCUGUCUCCUCUUUGGAAAUUGAGGAAGAAAUCCCUUUUGACACAGAGAGCAGUAAAGGGGAAGUGCUAGAGACAGGCAGCCCUCAGGGCCUUGAUUCACCUGAUCUUAAGUCAAAGAGAGUGUCCAAUGACGCUUCUCCUAUUAAGGAAGAAUGUCCUGAAGAGGUUAACCAACAACAGAUAACCAAAAUACCUAAAGAUUCAAUGAGGCACAGUUCUCAAAAUGACUAUCUAACUCAAAGUGAUCUUUUAGUUGACCACAGCCCAUUCAAAAGCAAGCAGUACAUGCUUCCACGAGUUCCAGGAAUAGAAGGAGACCAGUUCCAUCAGAGCUACACUGUGGUGGAAGAGAUUAAGAAAGAUCACCAGGACAUUGGUGAGCCCAUUUUACCUAGAGUUGAGGUCCCAAAAGAUACAUCAUUAGCAGAAAAAACUACAGAAGGCAAGCCAAACAAGGGAGGCCUAUUCCUGGAUCUUGAACCCAGAAGCCCUGAUAGCUCACUAAAAAUAUCUGGUUCCAACAGUGAUGACUUCUCAGAGAGCGAAGCACCAGAGCCCCAGGAAGAAUUCUUCCGGAGCAGCCAAGAACUGGUUUCUUCAAGGGAGGAGCAGCUUAUACUAGAGGGGAUAGAAUGUCAGGGAAAAGGCACCUCAGAUCUUGAAAAUAACUUAAAACCACUGGUUCAAAAUAAAGCCUCUAGAGAAACUGAAUCACAGGUUACAAAGAACAGUACUGGCCAACCAUGCCCAGAAACAUCCAGUUCCCUGCCACCAAAGAUUAAAAGACAUGUAAAACUAAGUUCCUCAGGUAGGGUCUUAGAGAAAGCACAGGCUCCCAAGGAUAGCCCAUUAUUUUGUUCUGCAAUGAGAGAUGGUGUUUCCAUUAAUUCAAGAAGGCCACUGUCUGACGAGAACUUAUCAGAGAUAUUUUCACCGUUGGAUGAGGUACUGUCCUAUGGGAGUGCUGAACUACCUCCACCUAUUGCAAGAGAGACAGGCUGUGAAGCUUGUGAGGAUCUGCCCCUCCCUCCUCCUCCCCCUGCAGGUGAGGUGAUUACAUGGACAAGUGAGGAUGCCUCAUUUCAAAGCGAAGACUUCCCCCCAGUACCAGAAGAACUGGGAGAGUUUGGGAAGGAGAGACCUCAAUACCCAGUGGAUGAUGACCCCUCAAUCAAGAGCGAGGACUUACCAUCCCUAUCAGAGGACUUGGCCCCUCCUGUUGAGGAGUGUUACACAGAGGAGCUGAACAGCUCUCCUCAAGAGAAGCAGUUCUUGGAUCCUAUGGAUAAAAGUAUGGUAGCUGUAAAUCAUAAGUGUGAAAAGCAAACUCUUGAGGUUGUAGCUAAUGGGUCUCAAUUUCAGCCUUCACAGGAAGAUGUGGAACACCAAGAACAGAGCUCCCAGCAUUUCAAGAAGGGAACCCCAUUUGUAACUCUGACCAAUGCUGAUGAAAGCGACUCAGACUCAUUGUCAGACCCAUUGUCAUCCUUCCACAUUGGAGACCGAGUGUUGGUGUGCCACACCAAGCCUGGGGUUCUGAAGUUCAAAGGGCUCACCAGUUUUGCAACCGGACAUUGGGCUGGGGUUGCCCUAGACAGUCCAUCCGGACAUCACAAUGGCACCUACCGAGGCAUCCGGUAUUUUGAAUGUCCUAAAAACUGUGGUGUCCUGGUCAGAGCCGAGGACAUAUCUCACCUUCUGGGGGGCCAUGAGACUGACUUAGAUUUCAAAGCCAAUGAAGAUCCCUUCUCAGAUGGAGACUCGCCUGAGAAAUUUAGAUCCCUAAGAGAUAAUAUAGGGGACAGUGGAUUAGCUGAGGGCAGGGGGGAAGGAGGAGAAAAGAGGAGUGGAGAAAGUGGAGGGAAGGAGCCUAGUGGGGAAAAGGGAGGAAAGCAGUCUCUAGCACCUAAGGUGUGUGAAACUGGCUCAUACAGCCCAACUUUUGAGGAGAUUAAUAACAAUAUACAGAAAACAGCUGUGUUUAUUGAGGAAGAAUGGAACUUGGCACAAUCCAUUCCCUCUUCCACUGCAUCAGAGUUCAGUACAGGAGAGACAGACCUCCAGCAGAUCAUCAGUGAAGCAAGGGCUGAGUCCAAGCAGAAUGAAGAGGACAUCUCCUUGGAGAUGGAUAGUAGUGUUACAACAAAUACAAAUAAGAAACUAGGUAGUGAACAACCUGCAGAUAGAAUGAUUCAAGAACUACCUGAAACCAACCAAAGAAAAUCUCUGAGCAUCUCAGGAGCUCCACUCAUUGGGGAAUGCCAUACACACAAAGAGGAGAUGGGGGAUUCAGGCACCCUUGGCAUCCCUGUGCUGGAUUGUCUGGUGCACAGUGUGGCAGGGGAGUUAUUGAGCGAGGUGGUGAGGGAGUUCCAAGGGAUUCGGAAGAGAAAGCAGCAGCAGCAGGAGGCUGUGAGGACCAGAGGGAGCCUGACCAACACCCCCAAGAGCCCUGAACCUGGUGUGCCAGAAAGCCUGACAAUUGAGAAGUGUCAGCAGGAGCCCUGCUCCCCCAGCACACUAUGCUAUUUGGAUCAAUGGCAGUGCACUACCUCGACAGCACCCCCCCUGGAAGACAAACGCCUCCAUGACCCUGCACAUGUACGAACACUGGUGGGGAGCGCAGUGGAGAGGCUGUGGAGCCAGGUACCAGGUCAGAAGGUUGGAGAGUGUGAUGUUCAGGGAAAGAGAGAAGGGGAUGACUUUAUGGCCGAUGAAGAAAGCAGGAAAGCCUAUAAACAGGUCAUAUUUGAUCUAACCUCAGAUAUAUUUCAUGAUGCUUUUCAAGAGGAUCUGAACACCAGUACCUCCCCAUGGAGGGGGAAAGGGGUCUCCACCCUCUCAGCUCUACUGUGCAGCAGGCCCACCCUCAAGGAAGUCAAGUCUGUCAUGCAGGCGGAGGUUCUGAGACUGCUCAAUCUGGACCGCAGCGACCUGGAGAUGAGGAGGAUUCUGCAGAAGAUGUCCAAGUUUGGAAAAGCUCAAAGAGACAGAGUGGACUACAUUCUGAUCCAGGAGCUGCAUGAGGAGGAGCCGCAGUGGGUGGACUACAGCGCUGACAAGCUCAGUGUGAAAAUGAGGUUGACAGAGGAGAUCUUCGAUGCUCUACUGCAGGACACCAUCCAGGUCCUCAAACACAUUGAUGGAGCGCCCCCUACUGCCAACCUGUGCGCACUGCAACCUGCCUUCAGCAGAGGCUGAGCUAGGCCUCUACAGCACUCAGGCUAUUGAACCAGGGUAAUAACUCUGAUAUGACAGGAACUCCUGUAGACUCACUACAGUGUAAAGUCUCCACCACUUUCUUCUCUGCGAGCAAUCCAAAAUGCUAAUUUAAGGGAACUUGCAUGCAAUAAAGUCAUACUUGCUCUAUAAGUGGUACGGACUUUGCACUGAAGUGAAAUCUUUAUUUUUUAUUUUCAUCUGAAGGGAAGUAAUUAAGCCAUCAUAAUCAAGUUUACUGCAUGUCAUCUUACACCAGGGUUGUUUGUGUAGUAGAUUUCUUUUUAGAACUGAUGCAGUACUGUAUUUCUUUAUCAUUUCAAAUGGUAUAUUUAUACAUACACAAGAACACAUACACAUGCAUUGUCUCUAGUUUACCUUUAUCUCUGAUAUAAUCCACUUCGCUUUCAAGCUCUGCUCUAACAGUGAGGCUGCUAUCCACUUAGUCUCAUUCUCAAGUUAUGCAAUGCAGUACAAAAACGUGCUGUGGUAAUUAGUUUCUUCCUCAGUUUGGGCACAGCUAUCUUCACGUUCUCUCUUAAUCACCACUUUUCUCCUGCAUGUGUUUAAGGCAUUCAGGUAACAUUUUGUUGCAACUAACGCUUUCAACAAUUUUCACCAAAUUGCUGAAAACAAAACUGUUUAGAUUGUGUUGCUUGAACUUUGCACAUUGUAAAAACUUUGCAACUUUAAAAAGUUGCUUUAGUACAGUAGGUCUUGAGUGUUUGGUGGCUACCUCUAAUCAAGUUGAGAGUGUAUAUCUCGUACACUAUUUGCUGUGUGAGGCCCAUGAGGGAAGCGUUGCAGACUCUGGGUCUGUCAUACAAACAGUGCGAGAGAAAAUACACUCUCAGCUUGAUCAGAGGUAGCCACUGAACCUUAGAGACACAUUAGAAGUUAAAUACAUCUAAAUAAAAACAAAAAAGACCAUAUUAACAUAUUUAAUGUGUUUAUGUAGAUUCUGUUGAGGUUUACUCGUUAGAAUUCUUUGUCAUUGACAUUCUCAGUGUGAGAUAUAUGCUCUCAGCGAAAAAUUAUAAGUGUAGUCACUGCUAAUAGGUUCUAGUGGGGAGGUGCCUUAAAAUGAAAGUUUAAAAACUCGUUUCAGCACAGAAAACUGUGUAAACACAAACCUCUUAUACCUGUGAUGCCUAAAUAAUUGCACUGCAUAGACACUAACAAUAGUAGUUAUUAUUACUAUUACUUAAUAGAUAUACUUCAGUAGCUUAUACAGCAUGCAGCUCGAAAUUGAAUAAUCAAAUGUAUUUAUUGUUUUUUUUAAUUGCAAUCAUUUUAUUAACCAGUGAUAAUGUUAUCAUGAACACAGAGUGUAAAAAAGAUUGAUAAUUUAAUCAUUUGUGAUAAUGAGGACACAGUGUGUACAAGGUUGACAUGUUUUCAAAUGAUGAUCACUAUUCACAAAGAGUUAUUAAAAAAAUUACAUAUAUUUUAUUUAUAUUCAUGAAACUCUUGCUGGGUUCUUUAAAAGGGGCUCUAAAACACAGACAUGAGCGACACCAAGCAUGUGAACUUAGAUGUCUCUGCCCCUGCACACAGACCCUGAUUUGUACUAAUCUUGUAUUACUACCUAAAAUAACAUUAGGAAGUCCAAAAUGAGUGUUAAUCUGGGUCUGUGAAACCAGCCGUAUAAAUUCAGAUGGUACAUCAGAGUGUAACCAUUAAUCAGCUAACACAGAUUGAAUAUAGGGCAGAUGCAACUGAGCUCAGGGCAGUGGGAAUUCUCCUGACAAAUCCAGUAUUGACAUGUUACUUGUGAGUACAGUAAUGUACAUCCCCAUCUUCCAUCUCAAUGGCAUCUUGUUCCAGUAUCAAACUGGGGGUGGAGUCAUCACGUUGUUUGUAUAACUGGUAUUUAUAUUGGACAAGCCUGCAGUCUUAGCUGGGCUGACAGAGUCCCAAUUGAAAUCUGUUUGAUCUUUACCUGCUGCUAAUGGAAACGAACAAGUCUGAUUCCCAGUGAUGGAUAUGUGUCUUAAACAGUAUGUAAAAGAACAAGCUCAAGAAUCCUAACAGCAGAUUUACACUCCAUUUCUCCAGCUGCCCUCCUCACUGUGGAGUAGCAAAUGGAUAAUCAGAAAUGACAUUCAGGUCUAAAGACCCUGCCUCCAGCGUGUGCACUGUGCUGUAAAGAAAAUAUUGAUUUUUAUUUAUGAAAUGUAUAUUUUUAUACCAUAUUCUUUGAGUUUAUACUGAUUUGUUAUAUUUGCAACUGAGAACUGACCCAAAUAAA